UGAAGUCUGUUGACAUAAUAAAAAAAAAAACUACACUCCUUUUUUGGCAUCUUUACAUUUAUUUCAUUUUUAAAUUGUUAAACACCAGUGCUGUGUGAUAAACAUCGUCCACCAUUGCUGUCAUUGUAUUGCUAAAUAUCUCCUCCUUCGCACCGACUUUGCAAGUUAAGGGUUAAGGCAGCCGGCGCCUUACGCACAGGUGUCUCGCCAGUCCUCUGCGAAACAGCGCCUGCAAACUGCUGGCGAACUUUUUUUUUUUUUUUUCCUCCUCUUCUUCCUUUAAUUAAGUUGAUCAUAACUGUAACUCAGCUGGGAUUUGCCCUCCGACCAGACAGACCACUGUAAUUCAUGUAGUUUGAGAUCUUAAGUGGGUCUGCGCGCCGCAGCCCUAAUCUCUCGCUGCUAUUAAACGUGGAGCGACUGACCUGGAGAGCUCUCCGCGUCCGCACCGCUCCGGCGCGCUCCUCGCUCUCGCUCUUUUCACGCACCGUCCGUUAGAAAAGAACCACGCGACAGUGUCCGCUCUGUUACGCGCCGGAUAUGUGGUGGAUGCUGUUUCCCCGGUGGAUUUGGUUUCUCCUGGGACAAUGUUACACUAUUCUCCUCUACAUGGACAGCUGCCGCGUGAGGGCGAUGCCCAUGCCCAUGUCCGUGGCCAAGGUGGUGUACUCUCACGCAGGCUUGUGCCCGAACGACCUCAACCCCAACCUGUGGGUGGAUGCUAUGAGCACCUGCAUGCGCGAGUGUGAAUCCGACCAGGACUGCGAGUCCUUCGAGAAGUGCUGCCCCAACGUCUGCGGUAACAAGAGCUGUGUGGCAGCGCGCUACAUAGACAUCAAGGGCAGCAAGGGCCCCGUUGGAAUGCCAAAGGGCGCCACCUGCGACAAGUUCAUGUGCUCCCAGCAAGGGUCGGAGUGCGACAUCUGGGACGGCCAGCCCGUUUGUAAGUGCCGGGACCGCUGUGAGAGAGAACCCCACUUCACCUGUGCGUCUGACGGCAUGACCUAUUAUAACAAGUGCUACAUGGAUGCCGAGGCCUGUACCAAGGGUAUCUCUAUCUCUGAGGUCACCUGCAGGUACCACCUGACCUGGCCAAACACCAGUCCAAUCCCCGCGGAGACCACCUUACAUCCCACCACUGCCCUACAGACCACCCUCCCGGCCGACAUCCAGCUGCCCACCAUACACAGCGGCCCCACCCAACAGGCUGUUUUCGUGGGUGAGACAGCCAGCUUCCUGUGUGAGGUGUCCGGGAAGCCACGUCCAGAAAUCACCUGGGAGAAGCAACUGAAAGGCAAGGACAACACCAUAAUGAGACCCAACCACGUCCGAGGGAACGUUGUGGUCACCAACAUCGGCCAGCUGGUCAUAUACAAUGCGCAACUUCAGGAUGCCGGCAUCUACACGUGCACAGCCAGAAAUGUCGGGGGGAGUGUUUCAUCGCACUUUCCCUUGGUAGUGAUCCGAAAAGAAGCGAAAGGUAAGAAUGCAGAGGGGAACAGCACCAACCUGCCAUUUCCAGCUGAAGAGUGUCUUAAGAGUCCGGACACAGAUGACUGUGGGGAGGAGAGCAUGAGCUGGUACUAUGAGCCAAAGAGGAACAAUUGCUUCACCUUCACUUACAGUCAGUGUAAUAAAAACCGUAACCAUUUCGACACCUACGAAGCCUGCAUGCUGUCAUGCGGAGGAGAGCUGUCCGCUCCUUGCAGCCUACCGAGUCUCCAAGGGCCUUGCAAAGCCUACGAACCUCGCUGGGCUUACAGUAGCGCCCUCAAAAAGUGCCAGUCCUUCGUGUACGGAGGCUGUGGCGGCAACGAGAACAACUUCGAGUCCAAAGAAGCCUGCGACGAGAUGUGCCCCUUUCCGAAGAACCACAACUGCAAGAUAUGUAAACCCCGGGGCAAGAUGGUCACCAGCUUCUGCAAGAGUGACUUUGUGAUCCUCGGGCGAGUGACCGAGCUGACGGAGGAGCAGGAGUCCGGCCACGCCUUGGUGACGGUGGAGGAGAUCUUGAAGGAUGAGAAGAUGGGUCUGAGGUUCUUUGGCAAAGAGCCCUUGGAGGUGACUCUCCUGAACAUGGACUGGAACUGCCCCUGCCCCAACAUCACCACCGCCAACGGGCAGCUCAUCAUCAUGGGGGACGUCAACAACGGGAUGGCCGUCCUGCAGCCCGACAGCUUCGUGGGCUCCUCCAGCACUCGCAAAAUCAGGAAGCUUCGUGAGAUUGUCCACAAGAAGACCUGCGAUUUCCUGAAAGACUUCUCUGCCGUCCAGUAGAGUCUUCCGAAAUCUCGCACUCACUCAAAGUCAUGUUAUGUUGUUUUCUGAUUUAUUCCAAACUCCAGUGACCUCACCAGUCCGAACAACUGCCAGGGAACACAAACCCAGUAACUUAUCUGUUACAUUUUGUUGCCUGAUUCAGAUGUUUUUUUUUGUUUUUUUUUUUCUCCCUCACUUUGUUCCCUAUUGCUCAGCAAAUCUCAGAAAAUCACUCCUCGCUUUUUAUUCUUGCCAUGAUUUCUUUCACGAAUGCCGUGCCCAGACUUGUCCACAAAGCUCUAGACAGUUUUCAUGGCCACAUCGAGGGUACACUGUCUGGGAAAAAAGGCAGGUAGAAUAGCAUUAGCAACGAGCAUUUACACUGUACAAAGUAUUUAAUCUUUAUUAAGUGUUUACUAAAAUGGCUUUAUAUAUAUCUCCGCUCCAAUGUGAACACACUAAUAUCAUUUGGUUAGCAGUAUGUUUUAAUGUGAUUGGUACGUUGGGCUUUAUGUUCUUGUGGGUUAUCGCAACGAAGACGUUACGUAACAUCAGUCCGGAGCACUUGAGCUCACCAUAAUGCAAUUUGCAAGCCUCAGUGUAUGUACCAGAAUCAAAUAAGCUCUUUGGAUCCACAUUUCUGUGGAAUCUGUUUUGAUAAGUUUUAAUUUUACAACACAAAACAUGUACGUGGACUUCUAUAUUCUGUAUUUAUUUAUAUAUAUAUAUAAAUAUAAAUAUAUAUAUAUAUAUAGGCAGAAUGUCUCUCCGUGGAUCUAAUUACACGGAGAACAGACAUAUUUUUUGUUAUCUAUUAUAUAUUAGUUUUCAUUCAAACUUUGAUGGAACAUGAUGGCAGAAUGAAUAAAGAUAAUUGACCAAA